GAUAUUUGCUUCGGAAAUUUCGAGUCCUUUCCCGUAAAUAAACGAAACUUCGCACUUUACCUAGAUUUCCUUGAAUUUCAAAUAUAUAAAACCAAGAUCCUCAUCCUUUUUCCUGGUGUAGAGAUAAACAGGAGUCUAGAAGAGAACUACAACUUGACUUUCUCCAAUCGAAGCCUCCAUAGUUGCAAAAAAAAGGGCGGUUGUUUCCUUUGUUUCCUUCCUCAGACCAUCCGUUAUUCCAAUUACCCAUUACUCCAAAGCCUCAAUUUAGGGUUUCUCUCACACCAGAUCUUGUUACGAAUUGUCGUGGAAAAUCAGUUUAGUUUGUUGAAGAAGAUGGCGUUGGGAAAGAGAUGUGGGUCGAACGCGAAGACCGCAAGUGAAGGGUUAGGGUUAGGGUUCGGGUGUGUUCGGUACACUCGGUCGAUGAGUGGCAAAAGAGUGGCUAUUUCCAGCAACAUGGAGGUUGAUUCCACGGUUACGUCACCGCCAUUGAAGAGGCAAUGUAGUAUGGAAAUGGUGGUUCCAAGUUGUGAAAAGUCUCUGCUUGAAUCCUUGCCUCAAGAUAUUCUGAUUAGGGUUUUGUGUGGUGUUGGCCACGAUGAUUUAAAGCAGCUUUUCCACGUGUCGAAGCAAAUCAGAGAAGCAACUGUAAUAGCAAAGCAGUGGCAUUUUGCCUACAGCACGCCUAAAAAGAUUUCAGCUUUCCGGAAUCCAAUCGAUUUGGGUGAUUUUGAAGAGGCCAAGACCCCAAAUGCUCCUAAACAGUGUCGGUCCCACCGGAACCGAUUGAGCGGGAAGAAGCUGGCCGACAUCUCAGUGGCCUUGUUUGCUUCACCAGCAGAAGAUCCGUGGCCGAGGAGAGACUUGUUUGCCCAAAUGGAAGCCGAAACAUGAGUUUUCUUGUUUUAAGUUAUUGAGGGGUUUCUGUACAUAGGCAUUGUUGUUGUUGUAGCAGUAGCAGUAGCAGUUGGUUUGGUGGAGUUGAGGGUUGAGAUCUAAUGGGCAGAUCUCUUCUGGUUUUGGUUUGGUGUACAUGUUCGUUACACUUCUUACACUGGAAGCCAUAUUCUUCAACUCCUUUCAUUGAAGAUGGGUUUGGCUUGUUCUUUUUUUGUAUCUGGUUUGUACAUUUUAGGGUUUGCUGGAGGGCUAUGGAAUGAUGUCCCUCCACUUCCAAAGAUAGGGUGUACAAAUGAGUCUGCAUACUAUAUGAUGUUAUUUUGAUCCAACUAAAUAAAUAUAUGCUUUUUUUCGUCGCAAA